CCGUUCAUAGGGAUGUCCUGACUGAUGUCAUACUUGACCUAAAGGCUUUAAAACGCAGAACACCUUGGUUCUUGCUAGAUAGGAUCUUGCGGUCAGAUAGGCUCGGGGGGGGCGCACAGAAGUGCCCAUCGUUGCGGCUUGCGGAAUCAGCGACGCCUGGGCGGAGGAAGGAUUUUGCUGCCAGGGGUUCCUGCAGAAGUUUGCUGAACCUGCACAAAUUGGGGUCUGACGAAAAUAAUAAGCAGCCAACCAUGGCCUCUCGUUUCUGGACGAACGCGAGCGACACGGAGUCAGAGGAGGAGGAGUCUGAUGUGGAGUCAGAGUCUGAGGAGGAGGAGCAGGCCCCCGCUCCAGCUGGGCCUGCCUCCAAAUACAUGCGCGGAGGGGACAGUGACUCUGAUUCCGAUGACGAUGGCAAGCGUGUGGUGCGUAGCGCCCGGGACAAGAGAUUUGACGAGCUGCAGCAGACGUACGACCAGAUGAAGAACCAGAUGAAGAUCAAUGACUGGGUGUCGUUACAGAGCAGCUUUGAGAAGCUGAAUAAGCAGCUGGAGAAGGUGGCCCGCCUCACAGAAGGGGAGCCAACGCCCCGGCUUUACAUCAAGGCAGUGUCAGAGCUUGAGGACUUCUUGAACUCGACGUUGGCCAACAAGGACGCCCGCCAGAAGAUGAGCCCCAGCAAUGCGCGCUCACUGAACUACAUGAAGCAAAAGUUGAAGAAGAACAACAAGCUGUACGAGGAGGAGAUUGCAAAGUUCAAGGAAAACCCAGAGUCGGAGGAAGAGAAGGAGGAGGAGAGUGAGGAGGAGAGCGAUGAGGAGGAGGGCAGUGAGGAGGAGCCAGACAAGGCCGCCCCAGAGUCUGAGGAGGAGAGUGGAGGUGACGGUGAUGAGGGGGGCUGGGAGAAGACGCGGAGCAAGGCGGAGAAGCGGAGGGACCGCGAGUUCAACAAGGACCCCAGCGAGAUCACAGAGGAGAUGGUGGAGAGGAAGCUCAAGGAGAUUAUUGCAGCCAGGGGCCGCAAGGGCACCGACAGGGCAGAGCAGGUGGAGCAGCUGGCGUACCUGGCGCGCGUGGCCAAGACGCCCGCACAGAAGCUGGAGGUGAUGGUGCACGUCGUGUCGGCGCAGUUUGAUGUGACGCCCAGCCUGAGCAGCCACAUGGCCAUCCCCAUCUGGAAGCGGUGCGUGAGCAACGUGCUGGCCAUCCUGGAUAUUUUGGAGCACCACCCCAACAUCAUCAUGGACGAGAGCGCGGAGCCCAACCUGGACGCCACCGCGGGGCCCGCGGAGAACGAGGCCGGGGAGAUCAAGGUGUGGGGCAACAUCGUGGCGUUCCUGGAGAGGAUCGACGACGAGCUGUUCAAGAGCCUGCAGGGGAUCGACCCGCAUACCAAGGAGUACGUUGAGCGGCUGCGCGAUGAGCCGGCCUUCUUGGCGUUGGCGGAGAGCGUCGAGAAGUACGUCGAGCGGAUUGGGGACUCGCGUGCGGGGGCGCGCAUUGCACUGCGCCGUGUAGAGCACGUAUACUACAAGCACACGGACGUUUACGCAGCCAUGCGCAAGCUCGCAGAGGCGCAGUCGGACGACAUUGAGGGCGCGGAGGACAAGGACGACGCGGACGAGGCUGCUGAGGUCAGCGGGGAGGGAGCGGAGGACGGCGCAGAGAAGGAGAAGAAAGCGAAGGCGCAGAAGCCGCAGGAGGACUUUGUGAAGACGCCCCCGAUUGUGCCGCGCAAGGCGAGCUUCCCGGACACGGUGCGCGAGCUGCUGGACGAGCUUGUGGGCAAGAUCUACCGGUAUGGUGACGAACGGACCAAGGCGCGUGCCAUGCUGUGCGACAUCUACAACCACGCCAUCGUGGACGAGUACUACGUCGCCAGGGACCUCCUGCUCAUGAGCCACCUCCAGGACAACGUGAACAACAUGGACAUAAGCACCCAGAUCCUGUUCAACCGCACCAUCGCCCAGCUGGGGCUCACUGCGUUCCGCAAGGGCCUCAUCAGCGAUGCCCACAGCUGCCUGGCGGACCUCUAUGCCGGGGGCCGCGUCAAGGAGCUGCUGGCGCAGGGCGUCGCGCAGAGCCGCUGGCACGAGAAGAACCCGGAGCAGGAGAAGCUGGAGCGGCGGCGGCAGAUGCCGUUCCACAUGCACAUCAACCUGGAGCUGCUGGAGGCGGUGCACCUGCUGUCCGCCAUGCUGCUGGAGGUGCCGUCGAUGGCCGCCAACGCGAGCAACCCCAAGAAGAAGCUCAUCAGCAAGCCCUUCCAGCGCCUCCUCGACAACUACGAGCGCCAGACCUUCACCGGGCCGCCCGAGAACGUGCGCGACCACGUCAUGGCCGCCACGCGCGCACUACGCGCCGGCAACUGGCAGAAGGCCGUUGAGGUCGUCAACGCACUGGAGGUGUGGAAGAUUGUCCCUCAGCGCGAGGCGGUGCUGGCCAUGCUGGGCAGCAAGAUCCAGGAGGAGGGCCUGCGCACCUUCCUCUUCUCCUUCGCGUCCCACUACGAGAGCAUCAGCAUCGACCAGCUCGUCAAGCUGUUCGAGCUGCCCGAGAAGUCGGUGCACAGCGCCGUGAGCCGCAUGAUCGUGACUGACGAGUUCCCCGCGAGCUGGGACCAGCCCACGCGCUGCCUGCUGCUGCACAACGUCCAGCCCACCCGGCUGCAGGCGCUCGCCACGCAAUACGCAGAGAAGCUCCAGGUGUUUGUGGACAGCAACGAGCGCGCGUUGGACCAGCGCACGGGCGGCGCGCUCACGGAAGGCGGGAUCAUGCCCGAGCGUGAGAGGCGGCAGCGGACGGAUUUCGGAGGCAUUGGCGGAGGCUUCGGGCGGGGCGGCUUCGGCGGGGGCGGCUUCGGCGGUGGAGGGGGAGGGCGCGGGUAUGGCGGGCAAGGUGGCUACGGGGGACGAGGGGGGUCAGGCGGACGGUCGGGAGGGCGGUCAGGCGGGGGGUCCUCGAACUAUGGCGGGGGCUCCUCGAACUAUGGCGGGGGCUACGGCAACCAGAAUAGGAGGCAGAGCCAGUCGUACGGAUCUGGAGGGGGCAGCAGUGGCCGAUUCCAAGAAGGGGGCUUCCACAAGUCGCCGUUUGCCAAGGCCCCUACAUCAAAUGAACCUGAGAGCCGCAUGGUGACGUUUAGAAAAGGCUAGUCAGUAGCUCUUGUUGCACCUGUUCGGGAUGUCCGCGUAAUUCAGUGCCUUUGCUGUUGUAGUCCGCUGUUGGAUCAGAAGGACAAGAGUCGCAAGAACAGGAACUUGCCAGUGGUUGCCUUCGAAGCCGCAUGUUUUCAGUGCAUACUUUAGGCCUGUGCCAUUGAGGCGGCUAUAGCCUUCCAUGUUGUACUGUGUUCAACGUUUCCCAUGCCUUCACAAAGUCUGCAAAGGAUGACAUUUGAUCUGUCUAUGGCAACCGUACUUGUAAUUGAGUUGUGCACUGUCAAGCUG